AUGGGUCUCGUAACUGAAGAAGAGGCAGAAUCGCUAUUUGCAUUCUUCCAUGGCAAGCUUGCCCACACCCGAUGGGGACUUGAUCCCAAGAUCUACACUCCAUCCUUCACCCGUUCGCGCUCUGCCUUCCUGUGCACCUCUAUCAUGGCCGCAUCGGCCCUAUUCCUUCCGUCCGCUGGUGCCUUGUCCAAGAGACUGUCAAACCAUUGCAAGACCCUCGCACAUAGAGUUAUCGCGAACCGACACAAGUCUGUUGAGAUUGUGCUUGCAUUCAUGGUCAACGUUCCGUGGAUGUUUCCUGGCCAGCAUAGCACUGAUGAUGAGACUUGCUGGUAUGUCAACAUGGCUGCCACUAUCGCCAUUGAUCUGUCCUUGAAUAAGCUCCUCAUCCCAAUGGAAGUCGUCGGUUCCGGCUCGAACAUGGCAUUGUCCCGUGGAGACUGUCUUGAUCCUCGGACUGCGCUGGCCAUGGACGGCUUCAGUCACAUAGAACAUACCUCUGAUCUCGGACAACGUCUCCUUCGUCGCCGCGAGCGCUGCUGGAUCGCUCUCUUCGUUCUCGAACGAGGCAUGUCUCUCGCUCGCGGCCGGCCCUAUACAGUACCCAUCACCCGGGUCAUUAAAGACUGCGACCAAUGGCAUCGGUCCAGCAUUGCUGACCCCAUGGAUGGUCACUUAGUCUCGAUGGCUGUACUUCGCCGAGACCUCGACGGACUACUCAACACUGUCCGCGCGCUCUGCGACGGGUCGCAGGGAAUAUCAACAGACGGCGGUCUCAUCGCCCAGUCUAUCCAGAGUGCCAUUGAAAGAUUCUUCGAUCAAUGGCUAACCGAAUGGGGCUAUGCCAUCGGCACAGGCCCCCAACGCCGAUUGCCUCCGUACGUUGAGAUUCUCGUCGCCCACACUCGGCUCUCGACGUACGGAGGCGUCAUCAACCACCCGACCGCCCCGAUGGAAGUCAGGCAAUUCUUCCGCACGGCCGGGCUGUCGUCUGCUGUGACGGUCAUGCGAGCAGCGAUCCAAGGAGAGUCGCAGCUCCAGUCGAUCCCGAACAACACGACAAUCAUGGUUUCGUUUGCAGCCUGUUUCGCGCUGACUCUGAGCGCCUAUGCCACGGGCAGCUCCAACUUGGCACCUAGCAUUCGAAACCUCAUUGAAGAAACGGCAGAUGUCUUGGAACGUAUUGGCUCUGCUACGAAGCACAGAAAUGGCUUGUCCACACUGUACGGAAAAUAUCUCAGACGUAUCGUCAAAAAGGCGGCCACGGCAAUGGAUGGCCAGCCUCAGACGAGUAUGCAUCCCGACCCAGCUAUCCCUCGCAGCGGUCAGCUUGGAACGCCCUCAUCGGCCAUUGCAGCCUCGCCUCCCGUCAACAUGGGUCCACCAGUCUCGCAGCCACCCUAUAUGGAGUCGCAGCUAUGGCCCGGAACUUUGCAGUUCUCUGCCAUGUCUGACGAUCAGAUUGCUGAAGUCCUCAACCAGCCAGGCAACGAGUUUGAUCCCUCAUUCGCGGGCUUGUCCUGGGAUGACAUGAAUAACUUUGACUGGUUAAGCUGGCCUAACCUGACAGAAUUUGGGUUCUAG